AUGAGCCGAAAUUGGAAUUGCACCAUUGGGGCUCUGGAGCAGAGCUCAGUUUCCCCAGUGGAGGAGAAGCCCAGCAGUGAAACGAACUAUGUGGUGGGGACCUGGCCGCAGUCCACGCCUGGUCACACUGGAUACCUGACCGUCGCCACUCUACCACCCCCAUAUGCACGCAGUAAAUCAAACAAGAAAACAACAAAAGUAGAAAACGAUGAGAAAAACUCUGAAAAUGGUGAUAAAAUGGCUGUUGAUGAAAAUUAAUAAUUAUUGUAUUACGUAAACUACUUAAUUCUGUAUUAAUAUUGUUAUUUA